GUCGACUUACAAGCUAGGGACGAUGGAGGACGCCUCUCGUAGUCUUGAAUUUAAAACCUGAAUACUCAUGGUUACUAUUCGUCCACUCUUUCUCGUCAUCUUCCUUCUCCAGCAUGGCCGAGGCAAGCGCGUCUUCUGAGGACAUCGCACAUGGUGAUCUCUGCCCAAUCUGCCAGCUUCUGUUAUUCACACCAGUGAGGACACGCUGCAAUCAUCUGCUGUGCGCAUCCUGUAUGGCGCAGUGGGCCGAUGCCUCAACCACGAACCAAAUCGAGGCGUCUAGUUGGGACAUCGAACUUGAAGAGUUUGAUCCCAACUACGAUCCAUCCUACGACCUCGAAGCGAAUUGCCCAAUGUGUCGGACGCACACAGCAGCCUCGCCCGACCACACUCUGGCUACGCAGCUGGAGCAGAAGUACCCCGCGACAUACGCCGAAAGACGCACUGAGGAGGAGGUCGACCGAGGCAGCAGAAUCGGGCAGAAUGGUGUAGAGGGCAUCAUGGUCCUGAUAGGCAACAAGCACAGGUUGAUCCGAGGGGGUGAGGAUGCAAACCAGCACGACUGGACGUUCUUCGUUCGAACGUCGAGGCCAGACCUGGUGGAGGAGGUGCGCGUAGAGUUGCACCCCACCUUUCGUCCACCACGCGUCAUCCUGCGUCGUGCGCCCUACGAAGUUCGCCGGCUGGGUUGGGGCUAUUUCACACUCGAAGCCGAAAUCGUUCUCAAAGCGCCGUACACCUGGAUCGUUGACAAUUCUGGAACAACGCAACGCGGCCUUGGGCUUACAUGGACUCUGAACUUCACAGAUCGAGGGCGACAAGGGAGGGUCCGGGCGAAGGUCAAAAGGCUCGGAGAUGAGGGAGGGCGAAGGCUGCGUACCAGAGCAGCACCAGCGCCAGUGCCCAAUGAUGACGAGGAUGAAGAAGAGGAUGAAGACUACGAGUCGGUUGACGAAGAUUUGUCUGAGGACGAAGAAGAGGACAUUAGCGAAUUCGUGGAGACACCGAGAGGGCGGUAGGACCUGUAUUUGGACGCUGCACCCUAGGAGUUCCACUCGAUGACCUGCUGUAGGAACAGAGAGUGCUCACUGACAGAAUGUGACUGUCCGGUGCGCCGGUAUCGCCACAUGCAGUCUGUACAACGCAUCUAUUACGAACUUUACUCAGCGUCGCCUCGGCCUGAAAUGCAGACCCACGUCGAUUGACAGUAUUGCGAUGCUUCUGUGAUUUCGGGCUGACCAAGGCGGCAGCCUCAGCCACUCAUCUGUACCCUGGGCAGCCUUAAAUAAGCCCUGGCAUGCAGAUUGACGCAGCUGCGGUCUGUGUACAGCUUACACUCCAUUGACUCACCAUAUCGUCCAUUAACAUUCUCUGGCGGAGAGCUGACAGUGACUGGCUUUGGAUUCAAUCGCAGUGCAUGCUCACCAACUCAGUCACAAGCUCGGUCGACUCAUGGGCCCUUUCUUACAUGCUUUAGAGACCCAAAGCUCAAGCGUGC